AUGACAGAAACAGGUUUUGACUGCUCCCUUUGUAUAAAAUUAGCUAUCAAAGCUUAAAUAUGUGAAAAGUGUGGAUUUAUGUAUUGUAAGAAGUGUCUACAAGAAAUAUUUGGUAAAAACUAUGAAUGUGUUUAAUGCCAAUCAAAAUAGUUUAGAUCUAUUAAAAAGUCAGCUUUACAAGAAGCUUAUGAUGAAAUUCUCAUUAAAUCAUAAAUAAUCUAACCUAAAAAAAUUGAAAAGCCUCCCCCUAAGUAACCUGUAAUAGAAUAAAGAACACAACAAAUAUAAUUAAAUGAGAAAUGUAUAAAUUUUGAGAUGUGUCAAAACAAUAUUAAUUCAAUAUUUAUAAAUGAAAAAGUAUGUAGUAUUGAAUGUCUAUAUUUCAAUAAAAUAUAACCUCUACUUGAAUAACAAGAUUUCACAAAAAUUAGAAAAGAAAUUAUUAAUUUAGAAUAAUCUAUUAAAAAUAAAGAACCAAUAUAAAUAAUUAAGAAGAUACCUUAAUACUUAUCAUUUAAUCAAGUUGGGGUUUCUAACUUCGUUUUUGAUAGAUGUGGUUAAGGAAUCAUAAUUAAACAAUCAACUAUUACUUUACAAGAAGAUGAAUAUACAUUUAAAACAGUCACUUCUUCUGUUGGUUUCUAAUAAGGAAUUCAUUUUUGGAAAAUUUUACCUUUGGCUAUGACAAAAAAUGAAAUGAAAAUUGGUAUUUCAACAUCAGAUAAAUAUGAUCUCAAAACAGCAUUCUCUGAUUAUAAUUUUGGAUAUGCUUAUUACACAGUAGGUUAAUUUAGAAAUGGAAGCAAUUCUAAUGUAAUUAUUGUAAUUCAAUUUAGGGUUUUGAAUAUGGUGUUAAAUUUAAAAAUAAUGGAGAACUUGGAAUAUUACUAGAUAUGAAUAGAGGAGUCCUGGCAUUUUCAUAUAAUGGCAAUUUUUUAGGCAAAGCCAUAUCUUCAGAAUUACUUAAAAAAGGUCCUAUUUAUCCCUGUGUUGCCUUACUUCAUCAAGCUGGGUUUGAAUUUAAAUGUGGUAUACCUAUUCCGUAAAAUAUACUUGAAUAGUUUUAAAAAUGA